GUGGAGGUCUCAGUCCAAUUCCAAGGGGUUGUCGGAUAGUUGUAUCAGUGUCAAGCUCUCCCAGUCUACACUUUCGCCAUAUCCUGCUCUAUAUACCCCUCUUGGGCCGCUGCUCGACGUCACAAUCCAUAGUCAGCUCAUCUAUCAAGUGUCCGCGGAGUCCACUCAUUCGACAUACAUAGCACAGCGGACGGAAUGCCAUGCUCAACAUAGUGCUUCUCAUUGCCUGCGUUUUGACCGCUAUCUUGCUGCUCUUGUACCUGUUCUACUGGAACCGCGUGCUCGCUUUGGUCAUCAGCAUCGUUCUCCGCAUUGCUUUCUGGAACCAAGCAGAGUCGAGCAUAUGGCUAGACAUCGGUGCUGUCCAGUUCUCCGUAAUAGCUGGAAGGAUAGCGUUCAAGGAUCUGCGCUAUUACUCGAGUAACCAGACGAUCCGAGUUGUCAAGGGUCAAAUAAGCUGGAGGUACUGGAUUCGGAAGCCUGCAGAGGAGGACCUGAGCCACGCACACGUUUUAGGAGAGGACCCGAAGCAGACCGUGCACUUGCCGCUGUCAUGCCGAGUCCACUUGUCGCUCCAGGGAUUCGAAUGGUUCAUCUACAACCGCACGGCUGCGUAUGAGAACAUACUGUCCCAAAUGGCAGACGACGUACCGCCGACUCCUGCGCCUACCCCCGCCGUGCCGAGCAUCAGCUUGGAUGCACGCAGUACAUUGCGCAAGAUGUUCAGUAGGACAUCGACUACUGCUGAGCGUGGAGCAGGACCGUCCCUCUUUCUGACUUCGUCACUAUACCUGAAGGCUCCAAGCCAUGUCAAGCGUCUAGUCUCUUGGAUAAGACUCCAGCUACCGAACUUCGACCCGAAGAAUUUGCUACCCAUGGGUAUCGAGGUAUCCAAGGGCGCUAUAAUCUGUGGCAACGCGUCCACUCCAAACCUGCUCGUCGCUGAGUUCAGCAAAGCCGAAGGUACAUACGGGAUCGUUCAGGCCAGGUCCAAGUAUGAUCUAUACAAGCAGCUGCUCAAUCUCAAGUUUGAGAACACCUCCGUACACUACUUCGAGAAUGCCGACUUCGAUGCUCGCAUGGCUGACGUCGGUCUAAGGCUUCGCGAACACAUCGAGCGUUCAGGCGACAUUCACAUGAAGCAUCCCGGCUUUCUCACUUACCUAUACUACUACAAGCUGUGGACGCGCCUCAAGCUCUGGUCCGUAGAGUCAACGUCCCAUGCUCGCGCUCGUUCGUUCGUGCGCCGCUUGUUCGGCCGUUCGGUACCGGUUCCUCAUCCGCCUACGUCAUGGGCUUGGUGGAGGGCACCUAAGGCGCCUGAAGACGAGACACCUAUUGGAGCUGACUUUUCCAAGUUAGAGUAUGCUAUAGAACGCAAGAUACUGGAGGCACCUACUCUCGAAAUCCUGUAUUACGCCGACGUCGUUGGUAUCGUACCUGCGGAGCCCUCCCGGCCAUCGACGGACUCUAGCAGCUUGGACCCGUUUGACAUCGGCAACGGCGACCUUCCUCCCGAGUGGGGAAUUGAUUUCGUAGUCAAGGGUGGCUUUCUGCGGUACGGUCCCUGGGCAGACCGCCAGAGGGCUAUACUUCAGAGUUGCUUCUUCCCUCCAUCCUAUCACGAUGCUGAGGCUGGUAUUCGUCUGAAGCCUGGAGAUACGCGGACCUGGACUGGUCUGAAGGUGUUCAUCGAACUACGCGACGGUGUCACGUUGCACGUACCCUUUCGUGAAGCUUCCAAGGACUGGCAAUGGGAUGGCAAGGUAGAUGUGCCGGACCGACCACGCAGGAGAGAAGCGGCGUUCAUUCAUGUCAAGGCCGGAGACAGUUCCACCAUCAGCUACAUCAUGCCAAUGGUGGCUAGUGCAACUGGAUUCCAUCCGCUGUUGGAGGUGCAUCUUGACACUCUGACAGUCACAUCCAGCUUGAACGACAUGCGUCUUCUGAUAGCACAGUCAUGUCGAGUCCGCUGUCAAUUGCCCACUCCGCUGCAGUGGAAUGGAGAGCGAACAUGGACGUUCUCGGUCUUGCUACGGCGCACACAGCUCUUCCUGCUGAGGGACCACAUCAACAUGCUGACUGACCUCGGCCGGGAUUGGAGCUCGGGACCACCCAGCGACUACCACCGCUUCAUUCCAAUGCACUACGUUGUAGAAUUGGAUCUGCAUGACUACGAGCUGAACACAUACGUGAACGACCACAACAUCAUCGACAAGCCUCUCAUCAAGGAAGACAACGCGAUACUCGCCUUGCACGGCAUGCGCCUGAGCACUAUCGUCCAGAUACCUCUAGUCAAAUUCCGCCCUGAGGCCACGACAGUGUCGUUUCGGCUGGAAGCACCAGACAUGUCAAUACGGCUGACGCUCCCCCGGUGGAACACCUACUCUCUGUACCCCACGCCUGAUCGCACCAACGUCGGGCGAAUCGGCUUCCUCUCCCUCGAUGGAUCGUAUAGAUACCACGCCGAUGUACGCGAGUACAACGUCGACCAGCUGAAACUGGACUUUGCCGCUCGAGACAUGGUCUACAAAGCGUUUGGCUGGACGAUCCGGCAUUUCAUGAUCCUGCGCGAGAACUACUUCGGGUCGUUCACCCACUUCUGUACGCUCUCAGAGUAUCUCGAGAAGAAGAGAAAAGGACAAUCCAUCACCGAUCCAACCGAAUUGCAGUACCGACCGGGAAAGUCGAACUCGAUGGAGGUUGAAGUCGGCCUAUACGUCGAUGGUGGCCUGCUUGUAUUGCCUGCAGCCCUUCCGGGUUUCGAACAGUAUAGCCUGGCUGAUGCAAAUGAAGCCAAGACGGAGGACCUCGGUUCAUGUCUUAUUCUCAAUUGUCCAAUCUUGCAGCUACAGUUACGGACAAACGACUACUUCAUGGAGAUGUCCCUGAAUGUAGAUACUGUUGCAGGCCAUCUUGAAGACCACUGCUCGGACCAAUCUCUCUUCGGUCGUGCCAGGGAACGCGACCCGUCCCAUGGUGCUAUCAUCCUGGAUGAACUGGACAUCACUGCGAAUAGGUUGUUCGGGCUCCAGCCGAAGACCGCUACCUACGUUUGCAUUUGGGAGAUUCAUGCGGGUUCGUUGAAGGCAUCCCUUUCGGCCUAUCAAGCACGGCUACUGUCAGCCGUCGGAAGCUCCUUUGGGCUGAACUUCUCUGAUCCUUUCAAUGCACCAGCAAAGGACUUUGCUUUGCCCGUGGACCCGGAUGUAACGUUUAUCAAAGUUAGCUUAGGUUCGGCUUUCUUGAUCUGGCUCGCCGCCGACAGCGCCAUAGAAAUGGCGUUUCCGGAAGGCGUACGAUUCGACAGCAAUGACUUGGCUGGCAAAGCGUACAUGAAAGUCAUGAGCGUUCGCGUGCCGAGUGGAUAUCUGAAGGCUCUAAACAUGACAAAGGAGCACUCGAGGGAUUGGCAUGACACUGCCGGUCUUACCUUCGAUGUCAAUAUGGACGUGUACUCCGCUCCACCGGGAUGGCAAGAGAAAGCGCAGGCUCAGACGUCGUUCGUGAACGAACAGGACAGUAUGACUGGUCGCGCAGCUUGCCUGUAUACUCUUGCGGACGCUCACUCGCCACGGCACCUAUUACCUUCUGGUCGUGGCCUGGUCGAUAGCGACAUAUAUCUGCCUCAGUUGAGAGUUCCUCACCACGAUGUUCGAGACCGAGUCCGUCCUGAUCGGAUGCAACGAUCGACGACGAAUGGCUCUGGUCCAUGGCGAACGCUGCCUGGAUCCCUGGCGGCAGGUCAAUUAUCCGAAUCGGAAGGAGAUGAAGGACUCCCUGAGAACAUGCGAGACGCACGCUUGGCUAGCUCGCGCCCACCUGGCUCUUCAAGGGAUGACAAGCGGAGUACUGAGGAGGAGAGCAUGCAGAGUGGUGACGAAUCUGACGAUGAAGACCUGACGGAGUCAGCCGAGUGGGAUAGUGACGAAUCGGAUGAACUACAUGUCGGCACCGAGAGGCCUAUAGUUUAUCAAUACCGAGAGUUGAUAGGUCAUUACAAAGCAUCAUCGCUUCGUCAACCUGCAUUGUGGGAUUCGACGCCAUACGUUCUCUCUCAAAAACCGCGUAUUACUUGGAGGCAACAUGAGGGAAAGAGCUCUCGCAAGUCACAGAGACCCGUCCAUAUGGAAAUGCCAUGCGCCAUCCCACCAGAGGAUCACAUUGACACGACUGUCAUUCGACUGUCUUGCUCGCGAGGCGUUGACAUAUGGGUCACUCCGCUCGUUAUCCAGACCGCUCAGAGCUUGCUCCAUGACUUCAGCUACAACCAAUUAACUCCUGAGCUCCGUUUCGACACAUUCAUGGUCGAGUAUGUUCGCUUCUCCACACCUGCACCAGGCUCAGGACGCAGAAGACUCGUUCUCGACGCGCAAGUCCGUAGCCUCACCGUGGCUUGUGGGGGAUUCGUCGCAAUUGACACCGCAGGCGAUAACAAUGCCAGUGAUGACCAUACUGCUGCAGUUGGUUGCGACCAGCCGAAGACCUGCGCUGUGUUGUAUACAUCACUGGACAAUGGUGACCUGGGCUGGACCCACACAGUCUACUCAGAUGUCGACUCGCACAGCGCCCUUACGACUUCGCUUGGACGAUUAUCUGUGGCCUUGUCUGACACGGGUGCGCAAGACUUGGGGCUUGGCCGCAAAGGUUCUAGUCCAUCCCCUGCCGCUGUAGACGUUAAAAUUGGAGCGAGCACGGCUUCGAUCACCCGGCGAGAGGUUGCACUCUCCUUGGGAGCUAUUGAGGCCUCGCUGGAGGAUCGUGCGCUCGGCCUUGUCGAGUCAUUUGUUACAGCAUCACUCGAGUACGCUACAAGCGUCCUCGACACCCUACGGCAGUACCAAGCGUACGACUUGAACACCAUGAAUCGACUGGUGAUUCACCGGGUCGUCGAGCAUUCUCGCCAACGGACUAUUGUCGAUCCCCUGUCAACUAUACAACCAUCCUAUCUUGUCCAGAAGGGCCUGCCAGAUCAGCUACGCCGUAGCAACUGCUUCAAAUUCCUGGUCUACCUACGAAGCUGUCUGCGGUCUUUUGCCACUCAAGAACGGCGUGAAGUCCUCGAUAUACCGACUGGCGCAAAUUCGAAUAUCACCCUGCGAGACCUUCACUUGUUGCUCGAGGACCAAGCCUUUGGCCAGAGCACGGACGAAGAUACAUCGGGUCUGCCUAAGCAUGCUUUCAUGGAGCAGUUGUUCUACAACCCACGUACGCAAGUUCCUCGAGGUUCCAGGGGCGCAUACACGAUGCCUAUCUCGGCAUCGCUACACCUGGGGGUGAUCACUGUGAACAUCAAUCAUACUGCAGACCAUGGCAGAAGCACUCUCGUACUGGGCCCUCUCAACGUGGGUGCUCGCGUUGGAUCCCCGAACUUCCUGCCAGCCCCGCAUCUCGUGUCUAGCAAAAGCUACAGCAACUUGGCUUCCACAGACAGGCGAGGCAGAGAGCUCCUGCAUAUUGCGCUGUCGUUUAGCCUACAGGACUUGGACAUCACGAUCAUGCCACAGAUGAUCGGCCUUGCACAACGAAUCGCCUGUCUGCCAAACACGGUCUCGAAGUCCAAACCUUCCAUGGAUGCUGUACAGCCGCCUGGGAUGGCUAGUUCGCUGAUGGCAGCCUUGCUAUCUGGCUCAUAUAUCGAUGUAGCCUUCUCCAUACAUUCAGCAUGUUUCUCAGCAGCUGCCGAACGCCUCUCCGUCGAGUUCGGUAUUUCUCACCUCAAAUAUGCUGCCACUGCUCUCAGUAAACCUCCGUCCGGGUCACCCGCUGUCGUCGAACGUCACUAUUCCAUGAACCACUCGCUGUUGGUCGAGGGUACAUCACUGCGCCUUCGUUCUCGAGACCGUACGGUCGCUUCCGGCGAGGGUAUGGCGAUGGCGUCCUUCGAUGUCCGCCGCAGCAGAUGCAGUGUCACCUUAUUGAGGGAACCUCAACAGGGCCUUGUCGUACGAGUAGUCUCUGGCGUGGACAAUGUUGGCCUGAUGAUCCCACGCAGCGCCCUCAACCUCUAUCGCUCCGUCGACGACUGGAAAGCGGCCUACCUAGCAAGUCCCCAGGGUAUCCACUCACCGUCCUCGUCACCCCCUAUCCCAAACACGUCACCGAGUGGGGAAACGGAGACGACCAGGCCACCACUACGUUUAUCUUUCCGAAUGGCUUGCGGGAGCGCGGGAGUCACCUUACAGAUCGCCCGUGGAACUUGGUUCUCUUGGGAGGUUCAGGAGACCGUCAUAGAUCUGGCAACACCAGAGAAUCCAGGUCAGAUACUUCCUAUAUCCUUUGGAUUGCAAGCCGGGCCCCAUGUGAUUGGUAUCUCCACUAAAUCACAUUCGAGAGUCACUGGCCCCUCCACCUCGCACAUCCGAGUCGAGCUGCCAGUAGCUACCCUGAAAGGUCAAUACUCCGACUACACCGUCCACGGCGUCUCAUUGGUGGAAACAUUCCAUCUUACUGUCAAGCUCGCAGACUGGGACACGUUGCUUUCUGUCUACCAGAAAUCCGAACAAGGGUUCAACGACUUGAUCCACCUCGUACAGGAAACAAGACCGACAAUCGAGCAUACUUCCACAAACUCCUCUCAGCGAAGGGAGACAACGCUCGGUGGCUCCUUCCGGAUGAAGGGCUUCCGUAUCGGUGUCGAGGGACAUUCCUCUACCGUUUUCCUGGAAUGCGAUGAUAUCAGCGGUAGUAUGGAAAAUCAGGCCGACCUAGGCUGGCAGAUCCGGUUGACAGACUUGUCGCUGUCGCUGGCUUCGAGGGCGAGCUCUCGUUCUGCAUUGGACCGUGGUCACCGUUCAGCCUUCGUGACCAUUGAUUUCGAAGCCAAGAUGAAGGGUACCGCGUUCUCCGAUAGGCACACCCUGGAAAUGAUUGCCACGAAGUUCCACGCCGUGAUGCAGCCCACGUCCGUUGGAGAACUGAGUGACUUUGUCGAUCAUUUGCAGGCUGAGGUCCUUGUACGAGAGGCAGAUCGUGCGAGCGAGUUGGCUCAAUUCAAAGAGAAGACGAAGAACAUCAUGAGAUCGUUUGACGUGAAGUCAGGAGACGCGAACGACCCGCAAACGGCAUGGCUCGAUCAGUAUAACGUAUAUCUGACUAUACGGCAUAUUGGUAUCGCCUUUCCUCUGGCAGCAUUCCCCGAUCUUCAGAUGUCCCGCUCUGGAAGUCAAGACGAUGCAACCGUUGUUCGCGCAUUCCUCUUCUCAAUCAAGUCGGUGACCUUUGGUACGGAGCAUGGAGAAAGUGGGCAGGCGACUAUGAAGGGUUUCUCGUUCCAGUUCGUUUCGAGAUUCCGGCAGUCCGUUGAUGCAGACUUCGGGGGCGAGAGCCACCAUACUCAGAACAGGAUGCUCUAUCCAGAGAUGACCGCUCAGGUACGCUCCGAGCGAAGCACUGGGGGUCGUCGCAUACGUAUCGCUGCAAACGUCAGCGGCUUCAUCCUGGACCUCGAUCCUUCAAUCCCUUACUACGUCUUCUCCUUGGUGGACGUAUAUCGCCAAGGGCGAGAGCGAAUGGACCAACUUGCCAGCAACAUCACUUGGUCAGGCGACAAAACGAAUGCGGACAAGCAGAAUACCCCAACAACCGAGAGCACUCGCUACGACUCCCUACCCAGUUCGAACAUGCUCCUGUCAUUGAAGUUUUCCAGUGGCAAGGUCCGUAUGCACAGCACAUCUUUGAGCGAAACCUCCGUCAGAGGUCGAGCAGUUUCCGGCCUUUCUGAUCGCUUGGAAGAGUAUGGGCCGGAGAUGGGAGUGGAGACCUUUGACCUACCCGUUGUCACGGUCUGGGGGGAGUACCGAGCUGGCACAAGAUCGAGGAGAACGUCCAUUAACAAGCAGAAGGUGGAUCCGUCGGUGCUAAUGUUCAAAGCGACCAUUCAUUCGAGCCAGAACAUUUUACGCCCCACACUACUUCCCUUCGUGACCAAAAUCGUCUCUCACGUCGAGAACCGCCUGCGACAAUCAAGUCGACCCCUCUCUCAACUUCCACCCACGGCCGUUCAGCACAUCGUCCUCGAAUCGGCGACCGGGCAAGAGAGUGUUCUUGACCCUGUGGAUCCUGUCCCUGGGUUGAAGAUCAGUCUGUGCUUGCGCAUUGACCAGUCCAGACUGGAACUCACCUGCCAACCUGACGUCAAUGUCAUUGCCGGACUUCAUUGGGACAGUGGCGGCUUCAUCGUCAACAUUUCUCCUGGUUUUCGCCGAGUCAGUUUCACGGGCAGCGUUGCUGGGCUCACGGUUGCGUUGAAACAUGGUUUCCUCAGUGAAGACUGCGUCAAACUCGAUGCUCGUAACCUAGCCUUCAACGUCACCUUCGCCAAGACAGACGUAGGCCCGGACAAAGUAAUCAGUUCCAUAUCCGUGGUGGUCGACACCGAGUUCUCUGGCGGCGUGCGCUUCUCCAGGUUGCAGGAUGUUCUUUGUUUCAAGGCAGUAUGGCUUGACCGUAUUCCUGUCCUCAGCGGGCCCGUCGCAACUCCAGCGACCCCCCAACCUCAUGCAUCGCAGAUCACCUCCCGUUCCACCUCAGCUGGCCAAGAGCUGACCACUGCUAUACUACUGCGUUUCCGCAGUGUCAACCUGGAUGCAGAUCUCGGACAAUCAAUCAGCUACGUCAAACUCCGUAUUGACAAUAUGCUUGUUCGCACCAAGCUCUGCGAUGAUGCAUCGGAGCUGACACUCUCAAUCGCGCAGUUCGCUGUGUUAGCUUCUGGGAAUGUGUCUGGGCAAGUCACGGUGCCAAAUUUCGAGUUCCAGACUAUACGUCAUGGAGAAGGCAAGAGCGAUGGAUUCUCAGGCGGUCGCAUGCUUGAUCUCACAAUGCGAAGCGGCGUGUUCAAUGUGGAUCUGGAAAGCGAGUAUCAAAAGCUAAUACAGUACAGAGCCGAACCUGUGGAAGUCAAGAUCUUCGACGACUGGUCGAAGGUCUCUGAGCAGGUCCCUUCGGAGAAAAGACAUGUCGACGUGGCGUUUACGGUGUCGGGGACGGAAGUGAUCAUCGUCAUGAACGUUAGGACGAUUCCCAAGUUAGUGUCUUACGCAGACAAGUUCAAGGCCACUCUCGACAGUCAGCGGGAGGGCGCAAGCAAGGAGUCGAAGGCAUUCAGGAUCGCAAGUUCACCGAAACCCGACAAUCCGCUUUCUGCCGUCGCUAACGCCAUGUUGAAGUCUACGCGCAGUCGCCUGAGGGAAGAGACAGGUGUCAACUACAAGAUCGGACAACGGAUGAGCCUUCGGCUGGAUGUCCUCCGUCUCGUUGUCUUCCCGCGGUCCAUGCGCGAUUCCGAGUUGGCUCAGUUCGUGGGGCGUGACGUCCAUGCUCGGCUCGAUCGCAUGGUCGAGGUCACUGCUCUCCCCGCCAAACGCGACCUGGAAUUGUCCUUCUCAUCCAUGUCGACAUCUCGAAUCAGCCAGCUCAACCACGCCAUGCUAGCGAAGGAAAACCUGGAUGACUGCACACAAUGGCUCCUGGCGCUCAUGAAAGACGCUCCGGAGGCUACGAUCUUCGGGCUUCCUUCCAUGGACAUACGCAUGAACAGCGAGGAGAAUCUCGUUGACGACAGGCGAACCCUUGCGUACGACUUCAGCAGUAGGUUCACCGUGAAGGAAGGGGCGAAGAAUCGCGAAGACAUCUACAUCACCCUCAACAUGUCGCUGUAUACAUGGCUGACUUCGCUUCGCAAAGCGUUCACUCGAGAAAUGCAGCAGGCACAAGCGGCCGGGGACGUUCGUGGAGGACCCGCCGCUAUAGUGCAGCAAGUGGCGUCGUCUCGGAAGCGGGCCGCUGAGUCUGCCGUAGCAGCGAUGCGUGCAGACGAAGAACUCGACGAGCAGAUAGCUGGUUCCCCCACCCAAGGACGGCCACACAUAAGCAGGGCUACCACGUUGGCCGUAAGCCCUAGCAGAGCAGCUUCUCCGAAGUCGCCGAAAUUCCCGAUGCCUCUUAGUCCCACGUCUGCUCUGCGACUCACUUCGCCGACCAACAACGGGUUCGAUCCAGCGAGCUUGGCGAUGCCUCCGACGCCUGGCAAAAUUGGUCUGGUUUACGAGCCUCGCGAACGACACAUCGAACGUCUCACGAUGAGACAGCUCGGAGAGGCUACUCCGGACGUCAUGCACCCCUUCUUCAUGAAGAAAGCCGGCUUCAGUCUCGAGGACUCCUUGCCGCAGUAUGUCCACGAGUACGCGACGAUGCCGACGGAAGAGAUCAUGAAGGCGCUGCUGAAGUUGUACAGCAAACAGCUAACUUCGAACCAGAAGGACGAACCUGUGGUAUCUGUCUAAUGCAUCUAUACACCGGUGGACGGACGUACCAUAUCGUACAUUUAAUGUUUAUCAUUAUUCCAUUAGUGUUUCGUAGCAAGUUUCCUAAUAUCAGUUUGUUGGCUUCAUUCCAUAGUAGCCUGCUAGUAGACCUAACUAUUUCGAUGAGCCUGUCCCACCCACUUUGAAUACACUGAGCAAGG